AUGCAGAUACAUGGGGCAAACAGAUACGGUAUUCUACUAAAAAUUGUUCAAGUUAUGAGUGAUUUAGACCUCAUCAUCUUUAAAUCCUACAUUUCAUCUGAUGGCGGUUGGUUCAUGAAUUCAUUUUAUGUCACCAAUCCCCAAGGACACAAAGUAAGAGAUUCAAACCUCAUUAAGUACAUGCAAGAGUCACUCAAUUUCGCUCAAAAACAAAAAAUAUCUUGUGGCCCAACUCAAGCCAAAAUAAGUAAUGGCAAUAUUGUCACCGUUGACCAUUGUGGCUCAAAUUGCGCCUCUCUUGAAAUUACAUUCUUUGAUCGACCAGGAAUCUUCUUUGAGAUUGUCAGCCUGCUCUUCGAGCACUCUUAUUUUGUAGAAGCAUGUGAUUUAUGGACCUAUAAUGGACAUGUGGCUUGCAUCAUCUAUAUAAACGAACAGGACACAGGUCGGCCCAUCACGGGUGAAGAUAGAUUGGAUUAUUUGAGAAAAUAUGUGGUGAGUAUUUUGGAGGCACAACAUGUCACCGGUGAAACAUUUAUGGUGGGAAUACAAAGCCCCUUAAACUGUCAAAUUCAUGUGGAGCGUCGAUUACAUCAGUUGAUGAAAAUGUAUAUGGAUUAUGAUGUCAAAACACUGUCAUUGUCAAUCAAGUGUGAUCAGUCGAUCUUGGCUACGACCAAGGAUGCCAAGAAGAAAUUUGGAGGUGUUGUUGAAGGUAACAUGGUGUGUUUGCCACAAGUUUUGAUGGAGAAGUGGCAUGACAAAGAUUACUUAGUUUUGAAAGUGAGUAGUAGAGAUAGGCCUAAGCUUAUAUUUGAUGUGGUGUGUGCUCUGACGGAUCUUAAUUAUGAUAUAUUUCAUGGCUCCAUUUGCUCUCAAGAUGUUGUGAUAGUUCAGGAAUAUUUUGUGCGGCGGACAGAUGGGUGCACAAUUCUCAAUGAAAUAGAAAAACAAAAUACUCUUCAAAGUUUGAUAGCCGCGGUCGAACAAAGAACAUCUCAUGGGCUAAAGAUGGAGAUACGUACUUUUGACAGUCAUGAUCUACUUUCUAACGUGUGUCGGGCAUUAAGAAAUAACAACUUGUCCCUCAAUAACAUGAAAUUAUCGAAGGAGAAUGGCUUGGCAGUUGGCACUUUUUACAUCACUGAUGCCUCAUCAUCCACCAAUGCCAAUGAUAUUGAUCAACAAAGAUUAGAGGCAGUACGCAAUGAGAUCGGGAGAGACAUCUUCUUUGAAAAGAAUAAUGACAACAACAUUAGCUCACCGGCUCAUAGGAUAA